UGACAUGGUCGACAUGCACAUGGGUCCCACACCACCUCACAACCUUCUGUCUCUCCGAACCUGCCGUACCCCACAACCAAAGAAAAAAAAAACUCAAAAUCCCUCCCAUUUUUUGUUCCCCCAAAAAAACGCAGCAACACCAACACCUCCACCACCCAUUUGCAACGACUCACCAAAAUCGAAUUUUGCAAUCAACCCAUUUCAAUUCACCCUUCCAAUCGUUCAACGCACCCUUCAAUUUCGCUUCCGAGUGAUUCCUCCCCCCAAAUUCAGAAUUAAGGUUCGGUCUCUGGUGGCGCAACCAUGCCGGAGAUCGGCCAGGCGGCGGUGGCUGCGGCGGCGGAUGACACCGCCCUGUUCGGAAAAUACGAGCUGGGCCGCAUCCUCGGCUGCGGCGCCUUCGCCAAAGUCCACUACGCGCGCAACGUGCAAACGGGGCAGAGCGUGGCCGUGAAAAUCAUCAACAAAAAAAAACUCGCCGGAACUGGCCUCGCCGGAAACGUGAAGCGCGAAAUCACGAUCAUGAGCAAGCUCCACCACCCCCACAUCGUGCGCCUCCACGAGGUCCUCGCCACCAAGACCAAAAUCUUCUUCAUCAUGGACUUCGUCCGCGGCGGCGAGCUGUUCGGGAAAAUCUCAAAAGGCCGAUUCGCCGAGGAUCUCAGCCGCAAAUACUUUCAUCAACUGAUCUCCGCCGUGGGGUACUGCCACUCGCGCGGCGUAUUCCACCGCGACCUCAAGCCGGAGAAUCUCCUCCUCGACGAGAACGGCGAUUUGAGGGUCUCGGAUUUCGGGUUGAGUGCGGUUCGGGAUCAGAUCCGACCCGAUGGCUUGCUCCACACGCUUUGCGGAACCCCUGCUUACGUGGCACCAGAGAUUUUAGGCAAAAAAGGUUAUGAUGGUGCCAAGGUUGAUGUGUGGUCAUGCGGCGUCGUUUUGUUCGUGCUCGCCGCAGGUUACUUACCAUUCAACGACCCGAAUUUGAUGGUAAUGUAUAGGAAAAUCUACAAAGGCGAGUUCCGGUGUCCGCGGUGGAUGUCGCCGGAGCUCCGGCGAUUCAUAUCGAAGUUGCUCGACACGAACCCAGAAACGAGGAUCACGGUGGAUGGCAUGACGCGGGACCCGUGGUUCAAAAAAGGGUAUAAAGAAUUGAAAUUUCACGAAGAGGAUUACCAUGCAUCCGGGUCGGGUUCGUUUUUCGGGCCGAAGGAUGAGAGGGUGGUGAAUUUGAACGCUUUUGAUUUGAUAUCUUUUUCUUCGGGGUUGGAUUUGUCCGGGAUGUUUGGGGGGGAGUGGGGGGAGAGGUUGGUGACGCGGGAGCCGCCGGAGAGGGUUUUGGAGGCGGCGGAGGAGGCGGGGGCGGCGGCGGGGAUGGCGGUGAGGUGGAAGAAGGAGUGUGGGGUGGAGUUGGAAGGAUUUAAUGGGAGGUUUGGGAUUGGGGUGGAGGUUUACCGGCUCACGGCGGAGCUCGCGGUGGUGGAGGUAAGGAAGAGGGGAGGCGACGCCGCGGUGAGGGGUGUGUGGGAGGAGAGGUUGAAGCCAUUGUUGCUUGGUGGUGCAACCACGUCGUAUAGUAAUAGUAGUGAGGAUGAACAACAACAUCAAGAAGAAGAACAACAACAUCAAGAAGAAAAACAGGAACAAGAACCUGAGUCGAAGGUUGCCUGUGAAUGAAGUCAAAGGAAAUUUGAAUUGCUUGGGUUAAAUCCAAAAGAAAUUCAAAAUGUACAAAAGUUAAAAAGAAAAGGAAAAAAAAAUGAAAAUUGGCGGGGAAUGGUGUUUGUGUUGCAUAAUAGAAGGAUUUGGAAAGAGGAGAUGGAUGGAGGUUGGAAGGUAGUGAUUAUAUAUUAUUUUAUGUUUUUUUGGUUUUGUAUAUUAUUGAAUAAAAAAAAGGAGUGUAUUAUUAUUUUUAAUUUUUUUUUGAGGGGCUGCAACUGCGAGAGAGGAAGUUGUUGUGGGGAAAUGAAUUUGCUCCUUUAUUCUUCUUACAAAACAUAAUGUGUAUAAUUGAAUGUAAGUCUUGGAAAGCCUUCUCCACAUUAUGGGAGCAUGGUUAAACUUUGUGCUUUUACAGGGUGUGAGGAUUAUGGUUCCUCAUUAGCCCACAUAAUUUUGUUUUGUAUAUCAUUGACUGUGUUUUUGCCUU